AUGGCCUACCCGCAGCAGAGAGCUCCUCCAGUGAGGAAUUAUGGUCCUCCUCGAGGAGCCGCCCCUCCGAGAGAUCCGUCAUUCGAUUCCGGUUACCAGGAUUAUGGUUAUGACAACCAAUAUCCGGGUCCCGGCGCUGGGGGAUACAAUGAUCCCAGAUAUGGCUAUCCCGACCAGGCGGCUCCGAGAUCGCAAGGCCCUCCACGAGGUGCACCUCGGCCUUCGCGGGGAGGAUAUCCGCCGAAUGCGCGGGCUCCCCCGAGAGGCUACGAUGGCCGAGGAGACAGGCGCCCGCCUCCGCCGCAAGACCGGAUGAGACCUCCACAGAAUGGUCCGAUGUCACCGGAUAAAAUGGGGUUUGACAACACUUUUUCGUCUAUGCCUCCUGGGAACAGACGUCCGUCUAGAGGACUAGAAGGAGACAUGGCGGCAAUGAGCCUGAACGGACCAGCACCGCCGCGCCCCCACACCUCUAAUUCGAACAGACGCCCUGCAGAUAUGCGGCCGCCCAGGCCCGGAUCGCCUCCCCGUGGCCGUCCCAAUCCAUCAGCCUACCCUCCCAGAUCGGCCAGCGCAAACCGUCCGCGCAUUGAGCCACCUGUCGACCCUCGCGGCCCCCCACCGAUGCCGCAAAUCAGCCGGAGUGCAACGAUGCCUACUCCAGCUGGUGGGCUUUAUCCUGGCCAGUCAAGUUAUCAAGACCCAAGGGAGAGUACAUACGGAGGUCUACUGGACAGCUACUAUACCUCGGCUCCCGAUGAUCCAGAUAUGCCGAAUUUCGAUGCCAUGCCAAACUUUGACAACAGCAAAGGCCCAAUCGACGAAGCUCUACCAGGACUAGAACAGCCUAAGUCGAAGCCCACUUCUCCUGGUGCAUCUGGGCCACCGCAGGGGCAGUACAAAGCCUUCAAUCCCGCUAUGCAUACUCCGCCGGAUAGUGGCACCCCUACGGGAGCCAACCAAUUUGCCAACGCUGGAUUCCAGUUCGACCUGCCUGCCGAACCCCAUGUUGGUAGCCCGCCUCGCAACGGAAUGAAUCAUUACGAUCCAUACGAAGAACACCUGCAAUCGCAGUACUCACCUCAGUACUCACCACAGCACGCACCAACGGGUCAGCCGAUACCAGCCUAUAGUCAACCGGAAGCAGUAGAUCCUCAGCAGAAUCCUGAUGCACUUCCACACCACCCUAUGCCCUACCGCCCAGGCCACGAUUCAGGUGGACCACCACCUCCCGUGCGCCAGUACAACGGCGCGAUGAACACUCAACCACAAGCUGCGCCUCCACAAGCCCUUCCCGAGGGCCCGGCACCACCAGAACCAAUCACGCAUGCUGAACUCGAGCGUCUUCAGCAGCAAGCACGGAGUAAUCCUUCGGACCACAAACUUCAACUCACUCUUGCGCAGAAGCUCGUCGAAGCCUCGAUAGUCCUGGUGGAUGCAAGCAGACUCGACCCGAAAUCAAAGGCCAAAGCCCGAGAGAAAUACAACAUCGACGCUCACAAGAUCCUCAAAAAGCUAGUUUCCGCCGGCUACCCUGACGCGCAAUUCUACAUGGCCGACUGCUAUGGACAAGGCCUCUUAGGCCUUCAAAACGACCCGAAGGAAGCGUUCUCUCUUUACCACUCCGCAGCCAAGCACAACCACGCUCAGGCAGCCUACCGCGUCGCAGUGUGCUGUGAGAUUGGCCAGGAAGAUGGUGGCGGUACGAAACGUGACCCCUUCAAAGCCGUUCAAUGGUACAAGCGCGCCGCCUCCCUGGGCGACCCUCCCGCAAUGUACAAAAUGGGCAUGAUUCUCCUUAAAGGCCUCUUAGGACAAGCCCGCAACCCGCGCGAGGGUAUCUCGUGGCUCAAGCGCGCCGCGGAGCGCGCUGAUGAAGAAAACCCACAUGCUCUUCACGAACUCGCCCUUCUUUACGCCUCCGCUUCAGAAAACGACAUUGUCAUCCGCGACGAAGCCUACGCUUCUCAACUCCUCCAUCAGGCCUCCGAACUCGGCUACAAGUUCUCCCAAUUCCGGCUUGGGCAGGCUUACGAAUAUGGCCAGUUAGGGUGUCCCGUUGAUGCUAGACAGAGCAUCAUGCUCUACAGCGCCGCCGCAUCACAGGGCGAACACCAGUCCGAACUUGCCCUUAGCGGUUGGUACCUUACCGGUGCUGAAGGGAUCCUGCAGCAAAGCGACACGGAGGCGUACCUGUGGGCUCGCAAGGCGGCGGCCUCGGGUCUCGCCAAGGCCGAGUAUGCUAUGGGUUACUUUACUGAGACGGGGAUUGGGGUCACGGCGCACCUGGAAGAUGCGAAGAGGUGGUACUGGCGUGCUGCUGCCCAAGGAUUCCCCAAAGCCCGCGAGCGUCUCGAGGAACUCAAGUCGGGGGGUGCCCGGAUGCAGAAAACUCGGCUCUCUCGAUCGGCCGUGAACCAGCAGAAGCCUAAUGACGGGGACUGUGUCCUUAUGUGA